AUGAAUCCAAACAUAGGUAUAAUUUACAGGAAUUGCACUGGAACAAAGAUUCAACUGAUCAAGAUGUCACCUACAACUCCAAGAGUAACUUCAAAGUCGGGGAAGGGAAGUAGCAGAGGAAGGUCGAGCGCAGCUGCAGAGGUAGAGGAAGGUUGCGCCCAGCAGCAGGAGGUCGCGCCGCCUCCAUGUCAGUUUUCUCAGUUCGCACCACCAUCCCCGACCUUCUUACUCAAGGCAACUGAGGAAGCUCAACAUCUAAAAAAGUUGAUACAAGACUAUAUUGCUUCUUUCAUCAAAGUUGGAGAUAAGAUGGAUCCUGAUCGUAGUUGGAUGUAUAAUAGAAACAAUCAUGGUCGAGCGGGUAUGAUUCCAGAAUUCGCAGAAGGUGUCACUAGAUUUAUAAAUCAUGCAAAGACACUUGAUGAUUUUUUAACUUCAAGAUUGAUUAGGUGUCUGUGUGUUAAUUGUGAAAAUGUGAGAUAUCAUACAACAGAGACUAUUGCUAUGCAUCUUAUGAUGAAUGGAUUCAAAUCAGGGUAUACAGUUUGGACUAGUCAUGGUGAGGUUGAAAGUGACACUAUGUUUAAUAACUUUGUUAUCGGUGAAAGUAGUAGAUCUACCGAGCAUAAUUAUUUUCAAGGUUCUAGAAUGUCAGAUAUGGUCGAUGAUGCUUUUGGGAUGCAUUCUGAUUUUGAACAAGGAGAAAAUGUAAAAGAAGCUCCUAAUGAAGAAACAAACAUCUUUUAUGAACAAUUGCGUGAUUGUAGUUGUCAUUUGUUCAACGGGAGUCAACACUCUAAAUUGUCUGUUGCAGUUAAAUUAUUAAGUAUCAAAUUUGACAAUAAUAUUUCUCAAGGAGCAAUGAUAGAUCUUAUAAAGGAAUUAGUUGAUCCCAAUGUAGAGAUUCAUGAUUCUUAUUAUAAAGCAAAUGCAUUGGUGUCUAAGUUAGGACUCUCCUCAAUAAGAAUUGAUUGUUGUGAAAAAGGUUGCAUGUUAUACUAUAAGGAGGAUGUCGAUCUAGAGUCUUGUAAGUUUUGUAGUCACCCUCGCUAUAAGACUGGUUCUAUCGGAAAGAAACUUGCUAUUAAGGCGAUGCAUUAUUUACCUCUUAUACCAAGUUUGAAGAGGUUGUAUGCAUCAAAUAGCUCUGCUCCUUAUAUGAGAUGGCACCGUGAAAAUAGAAGGCCACCUGGUGUCAUGUGUCAUCCAUCUGACGGAGAGGCUUGGAAACAUUUUGAUAGAACUUAUCCAGAUUUUGCCGCUGAACCAAGGAAUGUUAGGCUGGGUUUGUGUGCGGAUGGUUUCACCCCUUUUUCAGUUGGGGUUGCACCAUAUUCUUGUUGGCCUGUGUUUAUUACACUGUAUAAUCUUCCACCUGAGAUGUGUAUGACAAGUCCAUAUAUAUUUCUAAAUUAUGUCAUUCCUGAUCCGAGUAAUCCAAAAAGCAAGAUUGAUGUGUACUUACAACCUUUGAUUGAUGAAUUGAAAUUGUUGUGGUCUGAGGGGGUAGAAACAUGGGACAUUUCUCGUAAAUGA